GGAGUCGGCCAUGAAUGCAGGCUGCGGAGCCACUCAUGCCAAGCCAGCUGAGGUAAUGUCAACACGUUUGCAAGCACACGCAGACAUAAGCAUUGCUGCCAGUGUCUUUGAAGUUGUCAUUGUUUACAAACACUUCGACGUGUUCAACUCAGCAUUGCAGCUCCGCAUUCGGCUCUUACGCUGCUCCUCCCCGCCAAGGAUAAUGCCCCAAACAGUGUUCUGAGAUUAAAUACAAUGCACUGAGCAGGCUUAGGUAGGCCCGGCAGCCGGAGACAAUACAAUGGGUCAAGCCGUGAGCUGCACCAGCAAAGGCGCGCUUCUACUGGUGGCAGCUGCGAAUGGAGACCUUGUCACAGCGCAAGAGCUACUGGGAAAGCACCCAAAGGCAGCCUCGUACUAUAACUUCAAGGACAGGAGCUCUCCGCUGCUUCAAGCGGCAGCGAGGGGCCAUUUCGAGCUGGUUCAGCUCAUCCUGGAGACCGCGGUCAUGACGGAAGGCCCCGAGCGGGCCAAGCGGAACUGCAUCGACCAUGCAAACUCAAAGCGCCAGACUGCGCUCAUGGUGGCUUGCAAGCACGGGCACCCUGACUGCGUCGAGUACCUGGUGACCAACGGCGGCGACCCGCUGUUGACGGACGAGCGUCGGCACAACACGUGCCUCCACUUUGCGGCACUGUACGGGCACAGCGAGUGCGUGCACAAGCUGCUGGGGAGCCGGGCGGCGUACAGGGUGCAGGGGCGCCAAGUGCCGGUGGCACAGAUCCCAUGCGUGGAUGACGGCACCACCACCAAGUUCAUCGACCGGCACAACGGCUGGGGCCUCAGCGCCCUCCACAUCGCUGUGUUCCAGGGCAGCGUCAGCACAGUCCGCGCGAUGCUGCGCCACGGCGCGGACCUGGAGAGCGUUAUCUGCGCCAGCAAGGUGGAGAACAGCCCCAUCCGCUGCGCGGUGGGCUCUAACGCGCUGCACAUCGCGGCGCUCACCGGCAACAUCAUCAUGGCCAAACUCAUCCUGGAGCAGCAGGAGACGUUCCCGGGUCUGGAGCUGCGCAGCCGCACCAACGCCGCGGGACUUAAGCCGGGUGACUACGCGCAGUCGGCGCGCAACCCGGUGCUCAUCCACCUGCUGGACGAGCGCCUGCCGGUGACGCUGCUGCGCCAGAUCUGGAUGAACUACUCGCUGGAGCAGAGCCUGCCGCCGCGCCACCAGACGCUGGGGUCUAUGCUGCAGAAGCUGAAGCUGAUGUUCAACCUGGAGCUCAUUUCUAUCCAGCGCAACAUCACCUACCUAGCCGCGCAGGCACAGGCGCAGCAGCAGGCGGCGCAGCAGCCAGGGGUGCAGGCGUUGGAAGCUGCCAACGCCGCGGCCACGCCUGCAAAGCCUUCUGCAGCGGCGCCAGCGACGCCGGCAUUGAGCGCGUCACCGGGUACCGGUGCAGACGCAGCAGCAACGGCUUCGGCCACGUCCGGCGCAGACGCUUCGGCUCCGGGCGCUCCCGGAGGGGCACCAACGCCGGCGGUGGCGGCUGCGCCGGCAACAGCUACUGCCGGCGCGGGCGGCGCAGCGUCGGCCAACGCCGCUGCCUCGCCUGCGGCCGCAAGCAUGGCCGCCACCCCGGCCACGGCUAGCCCGGCGCCCAAGCAGGCGCACCACCACCACCACCACCGGGGGGCGGGCGGCGGCGCCGGCAUGGAGCCUGCCAACAUGCGGCUGCUGUGGGCUCGGCGGCAGGAUGAGAUCACGCAGCUGCUGGCCACCGUCACGGCACUGCAUGACAGCCUCAAGCAGCUGUGCAGGCGCGACGACCCCGGCGGCGAGGAGGAUGCCGCCGGCGGCCCCAGCCGCGCCGACCGCGCUGCCACCUACGAGGCGGUGCUGGACUUCAUCCUGUCCACCCUCAUCACACCACGCACCGUGUCCGCCAUCCUGCACGCCGCCAAGAAGCUGGUGUCCGCCUCCGUCACCGGCUCCGCCGCGCUGGCGGCUGGCGGCGCGCCGCCCGAGCUGCCGCCCGCCGACUCGGACUCGCAGCACGGGCUGGCGCUGCUGAGCACCGCGCUGCGCGCCGUGGAGACAUGCCUGCAGGCUGCUGUCUUCUUGACAAGCCCCGCGGCGCUGGAGCAGCAACCGCAACAGCAGCAGCCGGCUGGGAGUCGGCCCGGUGUGACCGACGCGGCUGCUGACGGCGCUGUCACAAGCUCAAUUGUUGUUGCUGGCGCUUCGGCGGCCGAGACGGCAGCAGCCACUGAUGCGGCCGCUCCGUCGGGGACACCAGCCGCGUCAACUGUAACACCAGCGCCAGCAGAUCUCAUGCCAACAGCUGCGGUGCCGAGCCACGCCUCAGCCACGCUUGUGUCAAACUCCCUGGCGUCAUUCGCCCCAGCGAGUGCGUCCGGCGGCGCGGCGUCCACAGGGCCAGGGGCAGCAGUUGCAAGCCUUGCCAGCGGUGCCGUAUCGUCGCCGCGCGCUGCCGCAAUUGCGGCCGCGGCAGCUGGCGCUGUGUCGGUACUCACAGGUGGCGUGCCGCUGACGACCGGCCACGCCUCGCUGCUCAUGCCGGCAGCGGCGGCGGCCGGCGCCGGCCGGCCGGGCCCAGGCCCCGGCUUCGUGACGGUGGAUGGCAUCUCGCCCAACUCAACCUUUGCCACGCACUGGUCUGCGCACCUGCACACCCUCAUCGCGCAGCUGCAGUGGGAUAUCGGCGUGCAGCGCCACCGCCGCCGCAGGGCGCACGCCGCGGCCGCCGCGGCGCGCAGCGCAGCCGCUGCGGCCGCAGUCGUUGCCGCCACCGCGAACGCGACGGCGCCCAAUGCAACCGGCGCCAGUGCGGCCGCGUCUGCGCAGGGUGCAACUGCCACAGUGCCCGCUGCAGCAACGGUGCCGGCUGCAGGAGCCGAUACGGCAGCGGCUGCGGGUGCCGGGGCGGUUGCGGCGUCUACGCCAGCUGCUCCGGCCGCGCUACCGGAGGUCCGCGUUGUCCGUGCGCCGGCGCCGCUCACGGCAGCCUUACCGCCCGGCAACGCUGCGGAUGCAGCCGCAGACACGGCGGCCGCCACUGCGCCGGCAGCCCACCUGCUGCGCGCCAUCAGCUCCCGGCGCGGCGACGCCGUGCAGGACGUCGUCACCUCGCAGACCGGCGGCGGCGCAAGUGCUGUGGUGGCGACGGCCGUGUCCGGCAGUGACUCGGGCGUUUCUACGCCAGUGGCCGGCCGUGGCGCGGCCGCCGCGGCGGCUGCAGCGGCUGUCGUCGCGGCUGCAGCGGCGGCAGUUGACGGCGCGUUGCCAGCGCAGUCCGAGGCGGCUGCUGGGGGACCGCAGGUGGCUACCGUGACGGGUGCCGUGAUCACAGGCGGCGUCAUUCGCACGGACGAGAUUAUUCCGCUGGUGUCUGGUAUGUUCCCGCAUCCGCGGGCAGCCGCAGGCGCUGCCGGCGCGGGCGCAGCAGCAACAGCGACAACAGCCAGCGCCACCGCUCCUGAGCCGUCCGCGGCGUCCACAGCUACAGCAGCUCCGGUCGCUGCUGUUGCAGCGGGCAGCAAGCGCGGCGCAGCGGCAACACCGUCCAAAGACGCCGGUGCCCGCGGCAAAGACGGCGGCGCCGGCGGCGGCGCCGAAGCUGGCGGCCUGGACGGCCCAGAUGACACGCCGGGCGUCAGCGACAGCGGCUCGGAAUGGAGCGACGACGACCGCAACGUGUGCAGCAUCUGUAUGGACCUGCCGGUGGCGGUGCUGGUGGCGGGCUGCCAGCAUGGGCUGUGUGUGCAGUGCGCCUUCCAGCUGUGUGUCAAGGGCCGCGAGCUGCCGUCCUGUCCCUUCUGCCGCCAAAAGAUUGGCGGCUUCGAGGCCAAGGAGGUGGUCGCGGCGGCGGCAGCUGCGGCAGGCGCGGCGGCGGGCACCGCCAACGCUGGUGGCGCUGCAACGCGGGCUGGUGCGGCGGGUGGUACCAGACGGUAGGGGUUGCAUGACGCCUCCGACUAUCUGGUAUGUAUUUUUUUGCUGGCAGCCACAACAGUAUGGUGUGGCGCACACAUGUGGUUCUUAGGUGUGAGCUUAGGACAGGCCACACUGCCGAAUACCACACUGCCGAAUAGUGGCAAUCUAAAGAGUUCGCUUCUUAACGCCAGGAGUUGAUACACGAAAUGGUCCGUGAUUAAUGGUUGGUCUUAUGAUUGCAUGCGCAUCGUCGCGGGCACCCCAAUGUGGGCGUGGACAAGGAACGGAAAUGUGAGCAUGACAGGCGACCUGCCCUGUCAGCAGAUUCGGGCAUCUAUGGAUGCUUUUAGUCAGUAUGGGAUUGCUACUAACGGCAUAUUGUUUCCUCGAUCGGCUGCUAGUGUGCGGUGCUGGUAUCCGUGCUGAGCCGACUGCAUCUACAUGGGUUCAUUGCGGAUUCCCCAUCGUUCGGGGCGUUGAGAAUCCAGGCGUGGCCAUGUGCGAACUUCACGCUGAAAGCCACAUGUGACGUGUGUAUUGUGUUGGGUGUUUUUGUUUGGUCGAAAACCUGCUGCGACCAUUGGAUGAAAGACGCAAUGGCAGGACGCUGCGAUGCUGUUGCGGUGGGACACAGAUGAGUGACGCGCGUUGCCACGACAACAGCGCGAGCGUGUGUGAUGAGGCAAUUGUUGGUACUGAAGUAUUUAGUGAGACGUUGCAUUUGAGCAGUGAUGGCCGCCAACGAGCGUGUGUGCGCGUUAACGAGCAUAGCCGCACAUCAAGCAGGAGCAGGAUGCAUUUGGGCGAGGCCUUGAGUUGACAGCGUCGGGCUACAUAGACCAUAACGGGCGCUGGGAUGUGGCAACUUGGAGAAUGGGCACGGGGGCAUUGCACAAUACCAGGGCUGCAUUGUUGAGCAGCUAGCUCCUGCACACGAGGGAGCACUGUAUGUAACAUAAGAGUGAG